AUGAGCCACCAGAGAUACCCCUCCCACGAUCCUCUGAAGGAGCCUCACUCCGUUUCCCUCAAAGUUCUCAGGCUCUCCCGCCCGUCACUAGUAAUCCAGCACCCGAUCCGCCCGCCUCUCACGCCCUCCCACGUCCCCGCAGACCCGGCCCCGGCCUCGCUCGCCUACGACACCACCGCCGCGACGAACCCCGCCCCCUUCCUCCUCUCCCCGAUCCUCAACCUGCCCCUGAGCUUCGGCUCCGCCUACGUCGGCGAGGUCUUCAGCUGCACCCUCUGCGCGAACCACGACACGCUCGAGCCGCCGCCGGGCACGAAGCGCAAGGUCAUCCGCGAUGUGCGCAUCGAGGCCGAGAUGAAGACGCCCGGGCAGGGCGGCGCGGUGCAGAAGCUGGAGCUCACGCCCGCAGACCCGGCCGACGCCGCGGAAGGCAAGGGCACCGACCUCGAGCCCGGGGAGACGCUCCAGCGCAUCGUCAACUUCGACCUGAAGGAGGAGGGCAACCACGUCCUCGCGGUGACGGUGAGCUACUACGAGGCCACGGAGACGUCGGGCAAGACGCGCACGUUCCGGAAGCUGUACCAGUUCAUCUGCAAGUCUUCCCUCAUCGUGCGCACAAAGAUCGGCCCGCUGGCGUCGGGGAAGAACGGCGGUGCUCGGAAGUGGGUUCUCGAGGCGCAGCUGGAGAACUGCUCCGAGGACGUCAUCCAGCUGGAAAAGGUGCUGAUCGACCUGGAGGAGGGGCUGGGGUACACGGACUGCAACUGGGAAGAGGGCGGCGGCGUGGCACGGCCGGUACUGCACCCCGGGGAGGUGGAGCAGGUGUGCUUUGUGGUCACCGAGGCGGACGGGGCCCACGCCGAGCCCGGAGAAGACGGCAGGAUCAUGUUCGGGGUGCUGGGUAUCGGGUGGAGAGGGGAAAUGGGAAACAGGGGCUUCCUGUCGACGGGCAAGUUGGGCACGCGGCACGUAGCGUGA